GCUUGACGUAUUCGCGAUUCGUGCAAGCUUGGUGUAAACGGGGCCGAAGUUUGUUAAUGCAUACAAUAAAUCACUAUUCACAAAUAAAAUACAUAUAACAUACGUUAGAUUUACUCCUUAACUUCUUCCUGCAGAGCCAAUGAGGAUGGAAUCAGAAAAGGAUUGGGAUGUGGAACAAUACAAAAUGGAGCAUGAGUGCGAUGAGCACUGGGAGUUGAGACGCCGCUUCCUUCUUGCCCACAAAGAUAGUUUUCCUGAGGAUGAGCUUGUAUGUCUGGCACAGGUUUUCACCAACGUAGAAUUUCUAGGGUGCCGCUAUCCUGAAGAAACAAUGCAGCUUGUGGCAGAAUUAUCUCAUGAUAUAGCUGCAGAUUAUCGAGAAAAGCAAAAAAGUAAAUUACAGCGAACUUUUGUUAAGGCAUCCGAUGCUGCUGGCGCAAAGGCCAAAGGACUGGUUAUAAGUAAACCAGGCAAUAGUGGGAAUAAAUCGGAUAUUUCAUCGAAUAUGGUCGGUACCCGGGAUAGAUUUUCAAAUACUGAUUUUCUGGUGCACAAAAGAAUUAAAUUUGAUCAUAUUCGCCCCACUAAAAAUCUUCAGAAACGGAGAACAAAUAAGCAAUUUACGAAUGAUGGCCCAUUUGGUAAUAUCGUUUUGGUUGAACACUCUCAAAACAAAUCUACUAUAAGUAUUCUGACUGAUGCAGUAAAUGCUAGUGGACAAAACUUAGAAUGGAUAUUUAAAGAAGAUCCAACUGGUUGUAAAUGUGAAAUAAAAAUAAAUUCUAAGAAGUUGACGGAAGCAUGUGGCGGAGGGAAAAAAAUAGCUAAAAAAAAUGCAGCAGAUAUUGGAGUGGCAAUAUUGAAGAAACAUUAUCACACUAUUCAGGUAAAAAAAUUGUUUCACGGAGAAUCUGAGAAAGUAGUUAGCACUGAGUCUAUAAGCAAUGACUCGUCAACUGAAAAUAUGUUAUCUAAUGAUAACAUAGGAAGAAAACUCAUGUUACUUAUGGGUUGGAGUGGCGGUGGUCUUGGAAAAUCUCAACAAGGCAUUGUCAACCCAGUAACGGUUACGCAACAGGUCAGUAGAGAAGGGCUAGGAUUGAAGUCAGGGCAAUUCAACCAAAAUAUUUUGAAGAAAAAAUUCCAAGAAACAUUGAGGAACUACUUAAAUGGUGAUACAAGAACUGAUCUAGUAUUUUCUUCAGAGUUCACAAAUGAAGAAAGAGCUGUUAUUCAUCAAGUUGCAAGACAGAUGGGAGUUAAAUCACAUAGCCACGGUCCAAAGGAUGCUCGAACUUUGGUAAUAUCUCGUAAAAUAGAUUUAUUUGAACUUGUAGCUGAGUUGAAAGAAAUGGGAGGCUCAACGGAAAAGUAUGUACUAAUUGAUCCAGAAGAAGCUGGUAAUCCCACUUAGAGAAAACCCUGACUUCUACUACAAGCACUUCUUGCUUAUAUGCAUUGCUGGUCACAUCCAAUAAAAGACUAAACGUUAUCUUAUCAAGUUUUAGUUGAAGGUUGACUCAUUAUUAAUUUUGAUUUUAUCACUGAAUCGUGUUAUCAAUAAAAAAAAUUAGGCUCAAGCCCAUUUAUAUACAAUAAAUCUUACGUCAUACUGUCUCUAAGUUAGUGAAUGUUCACUCAAUUUUUCAUGUAAAUAUCCCAAUACGCAUUGUAAUUAUUAUGUAGAUCACAUUUAUAAAACUAAUUAUACGUUUGUACUGGCCAAAGUGGUACCUAUUUACCAGAUGCAGUUUUAUUUUUCAAUAAAAAACGAAUAUUGCAGUAAAAAUAUAUAUUUAUUCUGAGAUGAUUGGCCCGCCACCAUACAUUCCAUCAUGAUUAUAUCUCUUUAAUUAAUUUAAUUUUUUAAGUAAUCCGUAGUUUUGGCAUUCAGUGGAAAGUGAUGUUUUAGUGCCCAUAUCAGAAGAGAUCAUUCAUUUUUAUCGACAGCAAUAUAUUGUUAAUAUGCUAGUCACUCAGGCACACCUUAUCUUGUUAUUGCGAGGUUUUUCUUUGUAUUUUAUCGAAAUAUUUCGGCGCUUUCAAAAACUGAAUUUAUCACGCUAUCGCAAGGUUCAAUUAAAACAUUAAUAAUUAUCAUUCUUUAGCUCGCCAAUAUUAUUAUCGAAAUCAUUAAAUCUGAUUAGUAAAAUUAAUGAAACUCUUCUACAUAGAAAAUGUCUUCUACAUAGAAAAAUUCUAAUUUAACUCAAACGUUUAUUGUCAGUAUUUUGUGUAUAUUUGUAUAUGGGUUUAGUCCAAAUUUAUCGUUAAAGGUAUUCAAGUGAGUAUGAGGUAUAGAAAGUAGAAUUAUGGAUGCUUCAAUGCGUGCAUUAUUGAUUCAACUUUAGUGUAGUAGCUGUCAGCUGUAAGGAACAAAAAUAUCAGUUGUAACCCGUUUUUGAGCAAUUUCAAUAAUGA